CAGGCGCACUGGUGGUUCCGAGCCGCGAGCCGACAGGGACAGAGAGAGAGCGGGGCUCAGGCCUGAGCUUGGGCCUGGGGUUGGGAGGGUGGCCCGGCAGGUAGGCAGAGGUCACCAUGUCUUCCAGGAGCCUGCGGAAACUGCGCGGGGAGCGGAAACAAGAGCCGCUCAAUCACUUCGCCGACCAGGAGGAGGAAAUAGAGAGGCCGCUGGAACCCGCAACGACUCGAAAACGACGGAGGAACAGGGCAAAUAAAGCGGCAGCUGGAAACCUGCCCCAGCGGAUAAGUGAAGUUGAUGAAACUGAUGCAACUAGUGACAAACAUCUUACAGAGGUGUCAGAUGAUAUAAACCUUAGGCUCGACUCUUCACCUGGGGAGAAUGAUCAAAUUGAAACAAUGCAGAAUAUAGAAAAUGAAGAACUUGAAAAAGAAAAUGAAGAAUUAGAAAAUGAGUCUGAUGUUUUGAGGACAAGCUCACAAAACAAGCCCAAACGGAAGAAAAAGAAAAAGAAAAACCGCAACAGUACUGCUGAUGAUGCCCAGGAAGUUGCAACUGAUGACAUUGACAGCAUUCUACAAGCGAUUGAGACGCCCAAUGGUUUCCAUCACCAAACACGUACAGUCAGUGCGGAAUCAAGACCAUUGCUCUAUGUUGAACAUAGGAAUCUGAAUCCAGAGACUGAACUAAAGAGAUACUUUGGAGUUCGAGCAGUUCUUGGAGAUCAAAGGUCAAAGCAGCGGCAUCGUUCAUUGCACAGGAGUACAUGGCUCACAACACCUAAAGAUACUUGGCCACGAUACACCAAAACAGGAAUUUCUAUGCAGCUGCUGGAGACCAAGGGUGGAGCUCAGUAUUUCACCUUUGAACACAAUCGUGAUUAUCAACAGGUUCAGUUCAAAUUCUUGGAUGCUGUAGAUUCUAUGGACCCAAAUAACAUUCUGACACUACUACGUGUGAACCCACAUCAUAUCGACUCUCUGUUGCAACUAAGUGACAUCUGUCGGAUGCAAGAGGAUCAGGAAAUGGCACGUGAUCUAAUUGAAAAAGCACUAUACUGUUUUGAAAGUGCAUUUCACCCAGUAUUUAGCCUGACUAAUGGAAAUAGCCGGUUAGAUUAUCGACGAGCUGAGAACAGGUCAUUCUUCCUUGCACUCUACAAGCAUAUGAUAUUCCUAGAGAAAAGAGGCUGUCCACGUACGGCACUGGAAUUUUGUAAGCUUAUCCGCAGCCUGGACCCUGAAAGAGAUCCACUAUGUGCUUUGUUGAUUAUUGAUUUUUUGGCAUUGCGAGCACGAGAAUAUGCUUUCUUAAUACGACUUUAUGAGGAAUGGGAGUUCCAUUUGAAUCUGUCUCAGCUCCCUAAUUUUGCAUUCUCUGUCCCAUUGGCUUAUUAUCAUCUAAGUCAACGAGAAGAUCUGUCAGAUACUGAGCGCUGUCAAAAGCAAGAGCGAGCUAAGCGUUUGAUACAAAAUGCUCUCAUUGUGUUUCCUAGUGUACUGAUGCCAUUACUGGAUCUUUGCAGUGUGCAAGCAGACCAGGCUGUGUUGUCGCACAAGUAUUUUGGAUUUGAUGUACAGAUAAGACAGCCAAAUGCACUAAAGCAGUUGGUGAUGCUAUUUAUUGGAAGGAACUGGAUGCUCUGGAAGGAACCAAGAGUCAUGUCUUGGUUGGAAGAGAACGUGAAGGAGGUUCUAAGACGAGUAGAUGCAAAUGACCCACUUGUACAGGAGUCUGAAAACAAGUAG